AUGCAGUGUUGUCCAAUUGUUUGGAGUGCAUUCUGGUACAGUCUCUGCAAGUGGCUUGACGAGACACUCGGCGGAUAUAGGCACCCAAAGUGGGUGGUUGUUGUGGCGUCGUCGUGGGCGCAGGCGGGCGCCCGCGUGGCGGCGGCCGGCGGGAAAAAUGCGUUUGCCUGGAACCGACGCGCUGACGUUAUGGAGGACCGCAAGUUCUACGCCAGCGUCGCAGUGUGUGUCCUCGCCUACUUGUCCACUGUGUUGGGCAUCACCGCCGUGUCCACCAGCUACUGGGCGGACCUGUACCGGUACACGCCCAUUGCUGCUGAUUAUGCGGGACAUUUCGGACCGUGGAAAAAAUGCUCAUCUCUGAGCUACAAUCAAGAAGUUUGCGGGGAACAUACAAUUCUGUUCUACCCAUCAAGUUUGGUUGUGGCUGCUGGUGUUUUCUCAGCCAUGAGUGUGGCUCUGAUAGCAGACAUUUGCAUUCUUGCUCCCCUUCACAUGGUCAUGCUUUGCACCAAGCAAAAGUUGUUGGUCAGUUACAAGCAUGCUGUCACUGCCAAACUAUGGUUUGCUCUCAUUGGAGGAGUUUUGUCUGCAUUUUCUGUGCUUCUCUUCUGCCUUCCAAGCGAUGGACGUGAGCAGGGAUUCAUUGUGAGGAAGGGCUGGUCUUUCUACCUCGAGGUCGUGGUGUUGGUCCUCAACGUCGUGAUGCUGGUGGUGUGUGGACUGGAGUACUACCUUCUCAAGCAGCUGGGCGGAGACCCGACCAAGUACAACAGGGACGUCGAAGGCACCAAGUCCCGCACCAUCGUGAACCCGGGUUACCGAGAAGGCCAAAACGGCGGCGGCGGCAGUGCUGGUGGCGGUGGCGGCGGCGGUCGACGAUCAUCUUCGUCGGGCUCGUCCGUCGUGUCUACUGUUUUAACUUCCGGAUCUGUGUCGUCGUCGCGUUCGUCGUCGUCGCGGCGGCGGCGGUCAUUGUCCAGCACCGGUGGCGGCGGCGGCGGUUCUGGGAUUAAUCAUGCUGGACACAACCACCGGCGGCGGUCAAGAUCCUCGUCCGUCGGCGGCAGUGGACGGAGAAGCAGCAACAAGUCGAGACGGAUCCGACGCCGUCGCUCGCACUCCCUGUCCACGACGGAAGCCGGCGCCUUGCCGCAUCAAGUCGGGCCCGACGGGCAAAUCAUCUCCAACUCGAACCUGUCCCUCAACAACGGCUACCGAGUCCCGCCGCCGCUCACCAUGUUGCCGCUCAAGUCGAGUCUCAAGAAGAAGAAGCCCGUCGUCGUCGUCGGUCCCGACGGACUCGACACAACUGACGGCAGUUGUGGCACUACAACGACCAUGUCCCCGAUGAGUGGCGGCGGCGCCGGUGAUGAGUCGGUGUCGUCGUGGACGACGGCGGCGUCUGACGUGACCGGACUGAGCAUUCAUAAUCCCCACUUUUCGCCCGAGUCGCUGCCGUCGCCGUCGCUGACGAGGAAUGGGAGUGUGAAGAAAGUGCGGAUCCAGACGCGAUCCACGGAUGUCUGAUGCGAGAGAUGCAAUAUAAGCUUAUGGAAUGUACUUUUCUGCUGCUUAUAUGUUGAGAAAUAUGGCCAUAGCAUUAUCUUGAGGAAUGCAGAGGAAAUGAAGUGAAAGGCGUCAAAUUCAUCUCAGGAGACGAAAUAUAAAUCCCUGCAACUCCAAUAGGA